CUCAAUCAACAAGUCGGCAGAACCCCUAAAACAAAACAAGUCGGCCGGUAGGUAAUCCCAAAAGAAAACACCCAAGUCGGCAGGAUAUGGGAAGAACUAUAACUGAAUUGAAUUAGAUAAAGAAAGAAUCAAAUUGGAAAGAAAGGCGAUCAACCACGAAUUUAAUACUACACGUAUUACCAACCGGACGGAGGCCACUCUUUGGCACUACAGCUUUGUUCUUGAUAAUGACAGCGAAUACGGAGCUUAAAUCAACGCUAGCUUGAAGUCGUCAAUUAUUGUCACUUUAAUCCUUGAGACAAGCUGGAUGCUGUGGCUACAAGAAGAUCCCUGUCAGGUAGGUGUUGUGUUCCUGAUCCUUCAUUUCUCCUGUCCUUUCACUUUCAUGGCCGACUUGUCAAGUUCCUUUUCUUGGUGAUGGGUGAUGCCCAAUCCCAACGAAUCACCUCGAAGCAAGAUCUGCUAUCUGAAAAUAUCUGCUUGAAUCAUUUUUAUGAUUUUCUACCGAUCUGGUAGUUAAUUUCCAGAGGUGCGCACAGGUUCCCCAUUUUUGCUUGAUUUAAUCGCCCUGCGCCAUGGCCGGAGACGAUGAAGACGACGGCGAAAUGGAGGCCUUGCGGGAGGCUCUGCGGCAGCAGAGUCUUGCCGUCGAGAUGCUCAAGGCCGAGCUGGAGGAGGAGAGGCAGGCGGCGUCGUCGGGGGCCGACGAGGCGUUGGCCAUGAUCCUGCGGCUGCAGGGGGAGAAGGCGGCGGUGCGGAUGGAGGCCGACCAGUUCCGGCGGGUGGCGGAGGAGAGGAUCCUGCACGACGAGGACUCCCUGGCCUUCCUCAAGGCCGUCGUCUUCAGCCAGGAGAUGGACAUCACCUCCCUCAAGAACCGCCUGCUGGUCGUCUGCGGCAGCAAUGGUCCCCAAGCGCCGGCCCCCGGCCGGGACGGCGUCAUCGACCUCCCCUGGCUAAGGCGGCUGGCCCAGAAAGACGUCUCGUCGGGGCGGAACGCCUCCCUCCCGGCGGCGAGGCUCGAGGAGCUGUGCUCGGAUCUCGACGCGUCUGAGGACGUCGGCGACAGCAGGCCGGCGAGGACGGUGUCGGACAUAGGGGAGGUGAUCCGGAGGGAGAAGGAGUGGGUGAGGUCCAACGUGAGCCACCACGCGUUGCCGAGGCUGCACCGGUCGUCCUCCCACCGUCUCCCGCGGGCGCCGAGCUACUCUGCGCAAUGUGGCAUACCCAAUGUCCAUGACAAGUUUGAAGCGCCGGAGAGCGUCGCGUCCCAUGCCCCUCCGAGAUCCAGCAGGAGGUCAUCGCCGGAGAUCAUCUCCGAAGAAGACGACGUGAUCUCGUCGUCGACGCGGCGCGGUGACUGCAACGACCCCAAGCCAAGCGACGAGCGCGCAAACGGCGCCAUUGCUGAUCUGGGAGCUGGCAUUGAUGAGAUCAAAUCCAGCGUGCAGACCCUCGCGACCGAGCUCAGCAGAACGAGGCAGACCAGCAUGUCCAGAGGCGACGCGCAGAUGCAAGUGCUGGCCGAGAUCUGCGCAAAGCUCGACGCCAUGAGACCCAUGAGCAAGCAACAGAAUGCUGUCCAUGGAGGCAACAAACACUCAAGCAGAGAAGUAGGCAGUUCUUCCAAGGUGGUGGUGGCUGUGCCACAGGGUGAGCUUCUGAUGGACCAUUUCAUUGAGGCAAUGAUGUACAUACCAUAAGAUUUGUGAAGGGCGAUGCUUUAUAUUGGUUUUGGAGUUGGCGGAUUGACUGCAAGAUUGUUGAUUUCGUUUGUGUUUCUUUCCCAUUGUCGCUUUUUCCUCCGCGAAGAUGGUGUGUACAUGAGAGUUUGUGCGAUAUUAUUGUGGUGUUCUAUUAGGUAGGAGUGCUGAUUUUGUUAGCGUCACUGAUGAAGAUGCAAUUGAUGUAAUGUUAUUAGAUUUAUACUUGUAAAAAAACCUCAUCUAGUUGUGCCUUUGUGAUUUGGGCUGAUCAAUACAUGUUCUUACCAAAACAAUCUUUGGACA